AUGCAGAGUAGCGUGGGCUCCAAUAGCCCCGAAGACUCCGAUCCGUCGGAGUUCACAUUCCCAGUCCUCGACUAUGAGGACUACGCUCAGUAUUUCCUUGGUGACGAUCCCUAUGCGCCUGGAUACGCUCCCGACCCGCCGGCUCUGCUUCACGACUUUGAUUCCGAUCCGAUUCUUGAUUCCGUUCCUUCCGAUCCACCAGUGUGGACUCCUGCCCCGUGCAAUCCCUUGUGUCGCGUGGAUGUUGUGCAUGCAAGCUAUGGGUAUUACCCCAUAGAGGGUUACAUCCGCACCUUCGACAAGUUGCUGAACGCGGUAAAUUGCCCCGCAAACCAACGUGUAUCCUCGGCAGUCUACUACCUGACGAAGGCCGCCGACAAUUGGUGGGCGACAGUCGGACCUGAUCUUUUACAAGAUCCAGCGUUUGGAUGGGAAGAGUUCAAAGUAGAAUUGAGAGAACAAUUCUACACUGAACGUAUAAGGGGAAUUAAAUGCGAAGAAUUUCUGCGGCUGAGGCAGAAAGGAACUACUGUCCAAGAGUACUACGACCAGUAUGUCGAGCUGAUGAGGUUCGCUCAGGAGAUAGUGCCGGAUGAAGCAAGCAAGGCAAGGAGAUUCGUUCGAGGUUUGGAUUGGAGCAUAAGAGGGAUGAUUGCGCCAUUUAUGUGCUCUACCCUGAAGGAGGCAUACGACAGAGCCUCGGAUCAUUACCAAGUGUACUUGGAUCAGCAGGAUGUCUAUGGCCGGAAUAAGAGGAAAGCCGAUGAUAAAUCUCAGAAGUUUUCAUCGGGGAACAAAAAGAUCAACCAAGGCAGUUUUGAUCCUAUACGGGGAAGAGAAGGAUUCAACCGGGGGAACCACCCGGGAGAAAACUGGCAGGGAGCGAAACCCAAGUGUUAUAAGUGUGGUCUCCUUGGACACAAGUCUUAUCAGUGCCACAGACAGAUGGAUAGCCCCCAGAAGCCCUUCCAAAGUGGGAAUCAGGGAAGGACGUUUAAUGGGAAUAACGGCCAGAGCUCAGCUAGAACGGAAGGCGAGAGGACUAACUCCCCGGCUACGAAUAUGGGAAGGCCGGUGAAUACCACCUUCGAUUCCAGCCGCAAGGGGAAGCAGGUGAUAGGUGAAGGCAGUGGGGAAAGGCAAGGCAGAAUCUACGUCGUCAACAGCGCCCAAGCGCAGGCUAGCGACGCCAUGACCGGUACAUUCCCCAUAAACUCAAUACCUGGAAUAGUCUUAUUUGAUACGGGAGCUACGAAUUCCUUUAUAUCCUCUACGUUCGCUGAUAAACUAGAGUUAAGGCCGACUACCAGGUUAGAUUUAAACGUCGCAACAGCUUCGGGAGUAGUGAUAUCCUGUAAGGAUGGUUAUGACGAUAUCGCUAUAGAAAUAGCGGGAUUUAAUUGUCCCGGGAAUCUCAUUCGUUUCGAGCUUGAGGGCAUCGACGUGGUACUCGGAAUGGAUUGGCUGGACAAGUACAAGGCUCGAAUCGUAUGUGACGAACGGAAGAUUGUCCUGCAAGGACCGAGAGGGAGGAGAAUAGUCUACCGAGGAGUCAGCAAGCAACCCGAAUCAAGGCUGAUGACGAUGCAGCAACUGAAGAAAUGCGUUAACCAGGGAUGCGAAGUGUAUCUCUGCCUGUUACAAGACGCUGAAGUAGAAGAACUAAGGAUUGACCAAAUUCCAAUCGCAUGCGAAUUUCCUGACGUAUUUUCCGACGACCUCACGGGGAUGCCGCCAGAAAGAGAAAUGGAAUUCACCAUUGAUCUUAUACCCGGAACCUCCCCUAUCUCGAAAGCGCCUUAUCGAAUGGCACCCAAGGAAAUGGAGGAACUGAAGAAGAAGGAUGGGAGUCUUAGGCUAUGCAUCGAUUAUAGAGAAGUCAACCGAGUUACAGUAAAGAACAAGUACCCCCUUCCUAGAAUCGAUGACUUAUUCGACCAACUGAAAGGAGCCGGCGUAUUCUCAAAGAUCGAUCUACGAUCCGGAUACCAUCAAGUACGAGUGGCGAAAGAAGAUGUACCCAAGACGGCAUUUCGAACGAGAUAUGGACAUUACGAAUUCACGAUCAUGCCAUUUGGAGUAACUAAUGCCCCAGCAAUCUUCAUGGACUUGAUGAACCGAAUUUUCCUGCCAUACCUGGAUAAAUUCGUUGUUGCUUUCAUCGAUGACAUCUUAGUCUACUCCAAGACACCGGAGGAACACGAGGAACACUUCAGGACAGUGUUACAGACACUGGGAGAAAAGAAACUCUUCGCAAAACUUUCGAAAUGCGAAUUUUGGAAAAAGGAGGUUGCAUUUCUUGGUCACGUGAUCACCAAGGAAGGGAUAAUGGUAGAUCCAGCCAAGAUACGAGCGGUAAUCGAAUGGGAAGCGCCCAAAUCGGUUACGGAAAUCCGCAGUUUCUUAGGCUUAGCAGGCUAUUACCGAAGAUUUGUUCGAGACUUCUCCAAAAUAGCAAGACCCUUGACAAACUUGCUCAAAAAGUCGACCAAGUAUAAAUGGGAGGAGGAAUGCGAACAGGCAUUCCAGGAGCUUAAGAAGAGAUUGACGACUGCUCCAGUAUUAACCUUACCCAUGGGAACGGAAGGGUAUGAGUUGUAUACUGAUGCGUCUCACAAGGGAUUGGGAUGCGUCCUAAUGCAGAACGGAAAGAGAGACCUCAACUUAAGACAAAGGAGAUGGUUGGAAUUGAUUAAGGACUAUGACUUGGAAAUUCAGUAUCAUGAGGGAAAGGCGAAUAAGGUAGCUGAUGCCUUAAGUCGGAAAACAAGUCAUGCUCUUUGGAUACUGCCUGAGCAGUUAUGUAAGGAGUUUCAGGAACUCAACCUGGAGGUGAAAAUGUGUAGUCAAGGGGAACAAGAAAAGAGGUUGUAUUGCAUGACAACUAUUCCAACCUUACUUGGGGAAAUUAAACAAGCACAGGAGGAGGACGAUUGGGUGAAGGACGUCAGAUGA